GGACAAUAGUGUUCCCUUCGGGGCGCAAUGUUUUAUCAACUGUAAGCAUAUAACUUGACCAUGCAUGCCAUUGGUAUUUGGUAGGCUGCAACUGAAACCUCUCUAUGCAGUUGAAGAAAAAGGAAAAGUAAUUCCCCAGACCAGUAGAGUGGUAAAAACUAGAUCACCCGUUCCAGGGUGGAUAAAAAAAAGGGGAAAUAAAAAACAAUGCUGACAUCCAUUUUUGUGUUCUUCCAGAAAUUCAGUUUUAUGCUGCAUUUUUCUAUCAUGAAACCUUUGUCUUCGUUGUUAGAAUGUGUGGUUCUACAUUGUUUCCAUCGUAGUUCAUUCUUGAUGAUAGUUCAAUCCUUAUCUUGUUACCAGGUGGUAUCAAGAGGCACAACUUCAAGAGAGGACUGAUGACUCAUGGUUCCAAGAGUCACAGAGCUCUGGGGUCCAUUGGUGCUGGAACUACACCAGGUCGAGUGUACAAAGGGAAGAAGAUGCCUGGCAGGAUGGGAGGAACCAAGACCAAGAUCAGAAAGCUCAAGGUGGUCAAAGUUGACAGUGAUCUCGGGGUAGUGAUGAUCAAAGGUGCUCUUCCGGGUAAGCCUGGCAAUCUUCUGCGCUUCGCUCCUGCUAAGAUAGUUGGCAAGAACAUACCCAAGAACUAACCAGCCAUCUCCCUCUCUCUCUCUGGUGUCACUCAACUGUAGUAGUCGCAAUUUUUGUAUCAUGUAAAAGUCAUCAUUGUGUUUUGACAUUGUUCAUCCUUGGACAGUUUUUAGCCUGAUGGUCGCUUCCUAUGUCGAGUAUUGUCCAUGGCUAAUGCAAAAUUGCAUAUGAUGCUGUAGGUCUGUUAUGUGCGUCCGCAAAUAGUUGAGUAAGGGGUAGCGGUGCGACGAUAUGGACAGUCGUCACACGGCAAGCAAAUGCAUAGUUUGGGAAACCGGCCUAAUUGCCUAAAACUUUCGGAUCUCCAGUAGGAUUGCUCUAAAACAUGAGCAUCUGCCUGGUAUAACAAAUGAUAAGAUGUAGUAUAUGGUAUGCAAAUAAUAAAAUUAUUGAAUCAUGGAUCUCUAGAUACACCUUAUUUUGGCUUAAGUUUCGUUAUCUAGUCAACCUAGAAUAGUGAUUAAGAAACUAAUCUAGCUAAACUAACCUAACCAGUAACCUAGCUAAUUGCAAGCUGUGGAGUUCUCCUAGCUUGAAUCCCCCUAGAUUCUCAUAUAGAUCGAUGUUGAUUACUUCCCUAGAUCGAUUUAAUCAAUACCUCUACCGUUAGGAGAUCGAUUCCCUCCGAAAUUGACCCGGAAUGAUGUAGUGGUGAUUUGUUAGUGCUAUAUUCAACCUAGGGAAUUCAUAUGCCAUCAAGAGAUCGAUCGAAUCAACUCCCUCGAGAAUUAACCCAGAAUGACAUAGAUUGAGGAGUGACCCUAAUUGUCAAGAAUGGGCCAAAAGGGGAUUGUCUCCCUCCUAGGUCAAAAAGUCCCAAAUUGAGGGUUGGAAUUCAAAUCCAUCAAUUGCAUGAAAAUUACUCAAUUCAAUAAAUAAAAGAGACACCCAAUCUUAAGGUUGUCACAAGCAUCAACAUUCAACACAUAAUCAACAACCAGGGUUCAUCAACCUAAGAGAAGAGAGCUAAAUCAUAGAGAGGAGAGAUUAUAACAAGAAGUUCAAACUUUAUCAAUUCCUCCAAUUAAGCUUCAAGAUCACUCAAGAUCACUCUCACUCUAGAAAUUCCUCUUUGGUGUUUUGGGCCAGAACCCUAAAGGAAAAACCAAGCUCUCCUACUUCCCGUAGCUACCUUUUUAUAUGCUCGAUGGUGCAUACUUCACGGUCACUCUUCACGGUUGUGAUAUUAGCAAGAAAAUGGUGAUCUCAACUGAAAAUGCAUUGUUCUUUUGCGCCACAUAACGGUUUUAUUAUUAUCACGGUAUGGGAUCAUGACCUUGCAAUGUCCGCGAGCAGUACGAAGCCUCAUGGAAAAUUGCACACUUCACGAGUUUUGGUGUGAUUUUCACUCCCUCAGAGCGUGACAGCCCAUGAUACUUGACCUCCGAAUGUCCGAAAACUUGUCCUCGAUCUUCCCACAAGUACUAGAUACUGAAAUAUGACAAAAUAAGUACAACUUAGCGUAAAGUAGGUAGAGGGACGACGAUUACCAACCUAAACAAUCAUAAGAUUAAGUGGGAGAUCAUGUAUAAAUGUGUCCGAAUCAGGAAUGAUUGAAUUUUGGUUGAUAUGGACCUUCCCACAAAUAAUCUGAAUCACUGUGAGUGGGCGAUUUAUUUGAGUGGAGUGUAGGUUGGUAAGUCUCCUACCUGUACUUAUUCGGGGUAGGUGUAUGAAUCGUGGAUUACUCAAAUGGCUUGAAUUCCAAAUUCACAUGACAAAUGAUUUUUUUUUAAUACAAUCAAAUGACUAUCACAUUUCUACCCACGUUAUAGAUUGACCAUUGAAAGGCGGAAAAUAAAUAAUAUAUUUGGAC